AGUUUACGGCCACAGAAUGUGCACAGACCAUUAUGUGCGCACCGAUGGCGCAAUAUAUAAAUCCAAAGACGGUAAGAGACAGACCGAGCGACGGAAAUGGCGGAAAACCAAGCGGACGACGACGGCGAUGAGGGCUUCGGAGACUUCAAGUUCGUAUCACCGUCUUUUAAUCAAUCCCUGUCUUCCCACCAGGACAAUAAAGUUAGAGUUGAAGACGAAUGGGGAGAUUUCAUGGACAAUUUCUCUCCGAAGCAAGAUUUUUUUGGAAACCCAGCUCCCCUAAGCUUCACUCAGACUCUGAAUCCUGCUAAUCCAUCUCAAACCUCGCAAAGUUUCGAUCUUUUUGGUGGUUUCUCUAAUCAUACGACAAAAACCACUGACUCAAAGCUGAAUCACAUCGAAUCUGAGAGGAAUUCUGCUUCCCCUGUUGCUGAGAAAGGAUGGGAGAAGCCUCAAGGUGCUAUACCUCUUUCCCUUUUUGGUGAGGAAGACGAAGAAUCCGAUUCGAACAAUCCAUCUUUUAAUGAUACUUCAGACCUUUUCCCUGCUAAACAAUCGUCGUCUCCUGUGAAAAAUGAAGUAAAAUUUGGGCAGGAUCUCCGUCUCAAUGAUCUUAUCGUGAAUCUGUACAGCCAGGCAGAUCAGGUGAAGAUUGAAAAUGGGUCAAAUUCGAAUUUGGUCGAUGAUGGAGAUGAGAAUUUCGAUGACGACGGUUGGCAAUUAAAGGAUGCAAUCUCUCAAGAUAAUGUCGGAGAUGGAGAUUCAACAGUCGAGGUAGAGGAGACAUCUGGUCUAUCAGGAGUUCCAGUGGAAACAACAACGGGGAGGACAACCGACCAACAAUUCCAGGUCAAUGGUAAACAGUCUGAAAAUUUGGAGGGAACAUUACAUAAAUCAGGCCUUAGCAAUGGUGGCCUAGAUUCUGGAGAUAUCUUUACGACAUCAGAUUGGCUUUCUCAUAAAUCCUCAGGACUUGACAAUGGCCAUGAUUUUUUCACUAGUAAUGCUACUCAAAAUGGUUCUAUCUUGGGAUCGUUCAGUCAAGCCAAGCAGAAUACGGCUGAAAAUGGAUUGAAUUUCAAAUCAGGUGAUGGAAAUAUAGAUGCUGAUGAUAAUUUCUGGGAUUUUAAGGAUGCGUUCCCAGAGUCUGAAGAUGUAAAUUGCCCCUCUGGGAAUAAGGAAGAACAAAAGAGCACUGGUUUUUCUUAUGCGGAUGUGAAAGUGCUUGCAUUUGACAGAGAAGUCCAGGGAAAUGGAAAAGGGCUUGGAGAUCAUCAGGAACCAUUGUCACUAUCCUUUUUUAGCAACGGGAAACUGAAUGCUGAUGAUUCCUUGUACGGUGAAGAUGUAUCUUAUAAACCAGCUAAUGAUUUGAGAAACAGCACCAAUGGUCAUGGUUUUGAUCCAAGCGUCUCUCUUACUGAUCUCAUAUCCACGUUAUACAGUCAGGCUGAGGGGAUCCCAGUUGAUAAUUCUAUGAAAAAACCAACUGAAGAUGAAUUUAGUUCAUCCAAAGUGGGUGUAAAUGCUGAUUUAGUGAAUGGAGAGGAUAAUUUUGAUGGAAAUUCCUGGGAAUUUAAAGAUGCCUUCUCAGAAACCAUGGUUGAAGAUGAGUUAAGUUCAAUUCGAGUGGAUGUGAGCUCUGCUAAUUCUACUGGAAAACCAACUGAAGCCCAAGUGGGUCCAAAUUCUGAUUUAAGUGGAGAAGCUGAUUUUGAUGAAAAUUCCUGGGAAUUUAGCGAUGCCUUCUCAGAAACAAAUGUUGAAGGUCAAAGCUAUGUAUUCGAUAUUUCUGAUGCAGACCGAAGGUUUCCAAGUGAAUCAAAGCUUAAGAAUUUUGUGGAUUUCUACUCUAGAUUGAAGGAGGAAUCACGCAUUGUUGCACUUCACCAUCUUGAUUGUCUAAAGAAAGCCCAGAAGGUUGCUGCUAUUUCUGGUGAGGAUGUCAAAGCAAUGGCUCUCCAUGAGGAAAUCCAGGUAGCUUAUAAGAAACUGCACAAAGAGGAUGUGUCUUCUGAAGAAGUUUGCUCAGAGGAGCUUUCAACAAGAAACAUUCAUGCCCAUGCAUUUAUGAAUGAUCCAAAGUUCCAAGUGCUUGAAUCGGAAUAUGACUUGUCAAAAAGAAUAUCACUGGCGGAAAAUGAUUUGAAUUCAGCAAUUGAGCUAUUUGAGCAUGCAAUUGUGUAG